AUGUUGGAAAAGUCUGGGCUCAGCAAGCAAUCACUGGAAGAGUUGGCGCCGAUUGUCAAAACUUUGAUGGAAGUGAAGGGCAGCAGUCUAGCGGAGACGCCCAUUAUGCUGGUCGGAAAUAAAAGCGAUGACGCUUCGGGUUCAGUAUUCUUUGAAUGUCUCCCAGUUUUUGUAUGCCGUGAACUGAUUUUAUAUUCUUGGAAUAAAAUUGUUUCAAAACUGAAUUUAGUAUUAACGCCAGAAACAAAAAAUUUCUUUUCGGCUUCCUCGCAGAAAGCUCCAUGUAACGUAUCUCACCAAUCAAAAAAGCAAAAGCCGCUUUCGAAAAGACGAGAAGUAGCAACCGAAACAGGAUCAAAACUAGCUGCUAAAUGGGGUACCGGCUUCAUCGAGACGAGUGCUAAGAACAAUGACAACAUCACCGAACUUUUCCAACAAUUAUUAGCUCUGGAGAAGAAGCGAACUCUAGCGCUGACUAUGGACGAUCCUGAAGGGAAGGGUGCAAAGCGAAAAGGGUGCUUAAUUAUGUGA